CUGCCCGCCCGAGAGCUGGGUGCCGCCGCCGUCGCCGCGCCCCGCACCCGGCUCCCCUCUCGCUCACUCGCUCGUUCGCUCGCUUCCCUCACCCAGGGGGAAAGGUCAGCAGCGCCCUGGAGCCACCGUGUCACUCCCCGACAGCCAUGAACUGCAGCGAGAGCCAGCGGCUGCGCACCCUCCUGAGCCGCUUGCUACUCGAGCUGCACCACAGGGGCAACGCCAGCGGCCUGGGCGCGGGCCCGAGCAUGGGCAUGGGGGUCGUGCCUGACCCCUUCGUGGGCCGCGAGGUGACCAGCGCCAAGGGCGACGACGCCUAUCUCUACAUCCUGCUCAUCAUGAUCUUUUACGCCUGCCUGGCCGGAGGCCUCAUCCUGGCCUACACCCGCUCCCGCAAGCUCGUCGAGGCCAAGGACGAGCCGGCCCGGGCCUGCUCCGAACACGAGUGGGCCCCGGGAGGCGCCUCGGCCGCCGACGCCGCCGCCGAGACUGCAGCCGGCUCCCCGGCCGAGGGCUACCGCCAGCUCGCCGUCGGGGGGCUGCCCGCCCUCACUCAGGACACCGAGGGGGUCUAG